AAUUCGCGCAGUUUGACGUUUCGCAACACAACAAUAGCAAGACGCGCAGUACGUCCAAUUUCAAGUUAAACUGAAAACAAAGUCCUUUUCCCGGUAUUUGCGUAAAAAAUUUGACGCAGCCGAACCGAACAAGCGCAUCAUGCAUUCAGAGCGCAUUCAAUAUUCGGAGAAAUACUACGACGAUAUGUACGAGUACCGGCACGUAAUACUACCCCCGGACUUGGCGAAAUACGUCCCGAAGACACACCUGAUGACGGAAACGGAAUGGCGCAACCUAGGCGUGCAACAAUCACCCGGCUGGGUGCUGUACAUGAUCCAUUCGCCAGAACCGCACGUGCUGCUGUUCCGACGUCCUCGCACGGAUACAUCUUGAGCUGCGAAUGACUCGAUUCGAUCUCCUGGUUGUGUAUGAUGUUAUUUUAGGCAAGCUGGAAACCCCGCUUUUUGUGUUUAUAUUAUACGUUAACAUGAAAAGGAUGGACCGAUGGCGGUGUUGCAUCUGCUGACAAACUAACUCUAGCCGAGAAUAAAACGGCGUUUGAACUGCAAGAUGAAUUUUGCCCAUAACUUUAAACUCUCAUAACGGUUAUAAAUAAAUGUAAAUAGUACAAUAUACUAUAAAACCAA